AUGGGCACAACGUUUAGAGAUCUUUUUAAAUUAUACGACUUGAUUCAAUGCGGUGAAUCGAGAUCAGUUGAAAAAUUCCUAAAUGAAACCAUUGUUGACUUAAAUAUUAUUCUACCAUGCAAGGGUAUUGGAGUGCUACAUUUAGCGGUGGGCAUAGAACCACUAGAAAAAUCAAUAAAGUGCACAGAAAUUAUUUUAAAACAUGGAGGUGAUCCAAAUAUAGUUAAUGACGAUGGACUAUCCCCUGUCCACAUAGCUGCAAUAUGGGGACGAGUAGAAAACAUCAAGCUAUUGAUUGGUUGCGGUGGUGACCCGUCAAAGAGAGAUAUUGAUGGUAUCUCUGCGUUUGACUAUGCAGCUCAGGAACAACAAUGGGAGGUGUAUGACUAUCUACGGAAUGUAGUUGAUCUUACAGAUGACUCGUUUGGAUCUCAAUGUGCCUUUACUUUAGAUUUGGAUAAAAUCCUUGUCACAACAGACCAAAUUGUGGCGGAAUAUGAACCUGUAACCAAUGACCAGUUAAGUCGAAUGAGCGUGCGAAAGUCGGAAAUGGUUCGCGACUGGUGCGAUAAAAACACCAUCACUAUGAACAAACUGUACCCCACUAUCCUGGGGGAGACGUAUCUUCUGGACAACGAAUCUGAACCGUGGCUAGACGAAAUAACGAAAGACUUAAACGACACCACUCUAUCAUAUAAGACGUGCAAAUCCAAAAAUGUUGAAAUCAGUGGAAUUCAACCUUUAGAACAAACGGUCAACAAAAGUUCAGAAAAGCAAAGAGUCAGCGUUUACGAAAACUUCUCGUUACCAGGAUCGCCGAACUGCGUGACACAUGUUAAUUAUAACAACAAAAGCAGUUUGAAGAAGAAGAGUAUAAAGAAAUUCUCCUUUGACGACGAUGCUAAGGAAUAUGACAAGGCCCUCAUCAUGGUUCAGAAUAAAACUAAUGAAUGGCUUUCUUCGUGUGAGGAGAAGAAAGUUUUUAAUACUAGGAGAUCAUCAGCUAGCAGCGGUGUUAGUAGUAACUUCUCGGGGAGUAUAAUGCUUGCCAACGUGCAUGAAGACUACAAAUAUGAGGACAAAGAAGAGAAUGUUGUGCUGAUUGAGAGGAGGCUGCGGGUAUCAUCUAUCAUAUUGCCAGUAGAUGAAGGAGCAAAUGAUCCAUCACCAGACCAAACUAUUCUCUCUGUGGCGUCAUCACUACCACCAUCUAUGGAAUAUGAUACCGAGACCUUGAGAAAAGAGCUGAUGAAACUGGGUUUCAAGCCUGGUCCCAUACAAGAAAACACUAAGACGUUGUAUUUGAAGAAGCUGCACGCGUUGAAGAAAAAUCCGAUUGUUGUGAAAAGUAAUGAAGGGAAGACAUACAGUAUAGAACUAGAGAGAUCUUUAAGAAACAGCGAUUGGAUGAACAACUUAGCCCCGUACGUGGAACUGGAGAACAAAGCUAGAGCUGACUUCUUGAACCCCAACAAGAAGUGGAGGGAAGGAACAGCGAAAACGUCGUUCACGUAUUUGUUAUUGGACCCGCGCAUGACAAAUAAUUUGCCCGGACGAGCGGGACAACAGGACCCACACGUGUCAUGGGUCACCUUCGUCAAUUCAAUAUUCUAUGUUGGUAAAGGCAAGCGUUCUCGUCCUUACUCACAUCUGUACCAAGCCCUCACUCUGUGGAAGCGCGACUUCAGACAAUCGAAAGACAAAAAGGUACAACACAUCCUCGACAUAUGGUCCGACCAAGUGGGCGUUAUAUGUCUGCAUAUAUUCCAAAACGUGAUCCCGGCUGAAGCGUACACAUACGAAGCGUCCAUGAUCGAUGUACUAGGGUUGCAGAAUUUGAAGAAUCUAAAAUCUGGUAAUUAUUAUGGCGUGGCUUCGUCCUGGCCUCUCAAGGAGCGCCGGAUGUUCGGCUUGUAUUUGUUGUACAAGGCGAUGAAUAUCUUCUUGAGCGAGGGUGAGCGACAGUUGCGACCCGACGAUAUAGACUGA